AUGGCGGACCGUCGGCCACUGCCACGUGUCGAGGACAUGACCCUCGAGGAGAUUGCGACGCGUUGGCGGAUCCUUCCGAUGGAGCACAUUCACACGAAGGACUCGAUCUACGGACGCAGAAGCGGCAAUUGUGAGUUUUUCAAUGUGUUUUUGAGCCCAACUCUUCGGGGACCAGAACUUGUUUCUUUUCAGUCUACUACCGUAACCUGAGGGCCGGCUCUCCGGAUCUUUUUCCGGCCUACGAGUUGAGACCGUUGCGGAAGCACCAGGAAAUCGGCACGAUGGUGCUGUCGGCCAAGCCGAUGGAUUUGGAAGAUCCGAACGAAGAAGGCCCCCCGGAAGUCGGAGCGUUUGAGGAGAUCGGAGAAGAGCCGGUCCCUAGCAGAUCAUCGUCUUCUCCGGAGCUCUCAGAGAGCCCAAAAGCUCAACUGGUUUCUCCGGAAGAGCAAAACUGGCAGGCCGCGAUGUUCCGCUUCGAAAACCACGAAGUCUACCGCAACAAAUCGAUGGGUUCGCUGGAAAUUCAUAGAUUUUUGAUAAGAUUUCAAGUUCAGGCACUCGAAACAGUCUGUUCCAUCCGGCAAAAGGACCGCUGCCUCAACUGGUCCCCAUCCCGGCGCCCAACGGAUACGUCCUCUUCAAAUCGGUGAAGAAGGGCCUGAGCAACGAGGAACUCAGUCGGUUUUCGACCCGAAUUCCACAGAAACUGUAUGCUUUACAGAAAGUGCGUGGGCGGAGGCGGACAAGCACGUCUGGAAGGGCUACUUUGAUCAGUUGCAGGCCGAGUUCGAGUUUCAGAUCGAGCACGGAUGGGUCAAGAAGGACGAGGCGGGCGCCGGACGAAAAAGGAAGAGGGAGUGAGGUGAGAGCGACCACCGAUGCCCCAUAGUUUUUGCAAAACUUGCAAUAACCGCUUCCUAAAGUCUAUUUUUUUUUUGUUUUCUGCAAGAAACGGAAAAGUGUACUGUUUUCUUUGAAAAACAGCCGCCAACGUUCAAUUUUUGCCAUCCAGACACCUUGAAACGUUGAAAAAUAUGAAAAACCAGAUGAAAUUUGUGUUCUUUCAGGUUCUCAGUACAAGUAUGUUCUGUAAAGACGUCCACGCAUUCGUAUCACCAUCAAUUUCAUAAUUUAUACCUGUCAAAAAUCACAUUCGACCCGUUUUACUUGUUUUUGAGCAAUUUUGAACUUGCUUACACAAAUGUUUUUCGACUAUUGCUCCAAUUUUUCACUUUUGUACCACUAAUUCUGAAUAAAUCAAUGUCUAGAAGUGUGCCCCUCCUCGUUUCGGCGGUCCUCUGCGGACCACGGAGACCGCAGCCGCGCAGUUCGCCUACCAAACCGCUGUCCUUCCCCCCGCAGUACCUCUUGUGGUCCCUAAUGGCUCACCCACUCACCUACCCGUCUCUUCAAUCGAUUCUACACUAUCAAAGCGCUGAAAAAAGGUACAAUUUUUCCAGUUUUACAGCACGAAUAUUGUUUGUUUCCAGAAGAGCCAUGGCCAAACAUGUUCCGGACGCGCGGCGAGCGAACAGACACGUACCGUACCAUUUUAAAUCGGUCCGAUUAAGCUUCACAUUCCACAAUUCCAUUUUCAACUUUGACGAACUUGAGUGGUGGUGCAAAAACGAGCCGGGGAGGACGGAAAAGUGGACGGAUCCGGAGCAACAACAGAGAAGGACCGUGUGGAGGGGGUCCGUCGAUCGAUUAAUGCGACGGAUGAUGGACAGAAAGGGUACCGUCGCCGAAUCGUUCAUUAUUGAGGUAUGUGUUUGCUGCGGCAUCCGAAUUCCGAGUUCCGCAACUUUCCAGCAUCUCCACAACGUUUCGUACAUUCCCGAACGAAUCCAUACACUGAAACUGGAAUACAGUUUUGAGCAAGAAGAAGAUUGCGUCAUUGCGGUGCUCAAAAAGUUGAGCAGCGCUCAAAUUCGACAUGUACACUUUAAAUCGUCGACGAUCAACUCGGAUUAUGUGCAAGAACUGAAUGUAAAUUGUCCACUUCUUCUUUUCCCGCAAAAAAACGGUGUUUCAGAAUCUGCGUGCCGCCUCUCUGACGGUCCGCACCCAAUCGUCCGAAGGCAAUUCGCUCGUGCACCUCUCGGCGCAUCUUCUCCACAUCACCGAAAUCAGCACGAAUCGCGACAAACUUUUGGCAAUGUGUCGGAAGUUUAAAAACGACAAGCCGUCUCGCGGAUCCAAAUACAAAUCGAAGAUGCGGCAAAGCGAGCCGGAAUUCAAAGAAAUCUGGCGGAAAAUUUGCAGCGAGUUUCAUGGGACCACCGGGUUCUUCGGGAAGAUUUAUCGCGUCGGAAUGUGCUCGAUGAGAAUCGGAACGGAUAAGCAUCUUGUGAUCAAGUACGAACAGGACUGGAACAUCACCGAAGAGUACAAAUGUGAAGUGCAAGUGAUGGACGGAAAAGCGCUGAGAUCCACGAAACUAGCGGUCUACUGUGCAAACUUCCAGGAAUUCCUCAUUGACGUCUAUUUUUGGUGCAUCCCGCCAACUUCGUUCGACCCCGUCGGUUUGCAAUUCUCCUGUUUCACAACAUGCUCGUUUUUCCUACUCUUCAUCCACAUUUUACUCUUUUCCGCGGCCCCGUUUCCAAUUCGCAUCGCCCUUUUCGUGCCGCACUCGUUUCUUUUGUAUCUGUUCAAUUUCAUGCUGUUCGCCGGCCUCGAUGUUUGGUUUCAUUUCAAAUUGCCGCAACCGCCAGUGUUCUAUGCGGCGAUUGGCCUCGAUUUUGGCUUUAUUGCUCUGACUAUGCUGGAACAUAAUCGGUUGGUGAAGCGUUGGCGCGUUUGAAGUACAUAUUUGAAUUAAUAAAGAUUUGAAAAAAAGUGUCAACUUUGAGCAACUAUUGUAGAGUUAGAAGACGUUCUUUGACGCUGAAACUUUUUUUUACGUAAUUUUCACACCUGGCCCUUUAUUUUUCCAGUUGACACCAUUUUUGUAGGACCCAAACCUGAAGUACUGUAGCUCUUUGAAGUGUGCAUAGACUAUUAGCAGUCUUGAGCUCGAAGCGCUACAGUAGUCUUAGAAGUGGACGUAUAGAAAAGGUGUAAACUAGAAAAAUAUAGUACUAGACAUGUACGUCAUUUUUGUAAUUAACAGCGUUUCUCUAAAACCACGCGCUGGAGUAUUGUAGCUCUCGGAAGUUGGGACUGGAAUACAUAGGCGAUAGGCACCAUUUUCCAUCUUCCCGCUAUUGUAUGACUUGGCAAUGUGCCAAACAAUCUGUCGAGCGUAUCGAUCGAUAAUAGAAGGUCACAUGUAGGCCAUCUGCCCCUUCUUCUUCUUCUUCUUCUUCUUCUUCUUCUUCUCCAAAUGACCCAAGAAUGCCUCUCGUACCCCUCAUUUCUAGCGGUUCUAAAAUAUCAAUCAGCAGCAAAACGGUUCGAUUUUCUCGUUAUUCUUGAAAAACUCGGAAAAUUUCAGACGAGCACUGACCAAACACGUUGCGGACGUGCGUGUGCCCAACAAAAACCUAGCGUAUCACUUCGGAAAAGUGAAAUUCGGCUCGAAAUCCACGCACACCACGUACAACUUUGACGGGCUCGUCUACAAAUGCGAACAGUUGGCCGACGGAGCGCGGGCAUGGAAAUUUCCCGGCGGAAAAGUGUUCAACACGGAUGCCGCGUGCUCGGAUCGCCUCAAAACCCGCCUCUUUUCGUUCAUGCUCGACAGAAGUGGCACUGUGAUCGGAAAACUUUCCAUUAAGGUUGGUUCUUUUGCAAUGAUCCGAGCGGGACCAAAUUUGGCAGGACUUGAAUUGAAAUAUCUUUUGUUUUUAGCAAUUCUCGACGGUCCCGUACGUUCCGCCAAAAGUCCAUGUGUUGAAAGUGAAGUACACUACAAGUGGCGGAGAAAAUCGACUGGAAAGUAUGUUAAAGACGCUCGCAAGUUGUGAAAUCGGAAAAAUCGAGCUGAAAGUGGACAAUGUGACGAUCGGGAUGAAGGACCGGCUGAAUGUACGUUUUUUUAGACUCAAAUUUGUCUAGACCUGUCCUAUUUGAGGAAAACUUUCAGUUUUUGACGUCUUGUUGAAAGUUGCAAUAGGUUGAAAGGGCGUGUCUCAAAAAUGACAAGUUUUCCGAUCAAAUUGUCAAUUACAAAGUUGUAGAGGACAAAAUUUGCAACAACUUUUCAGUUGAACACAUUUUGAAAUAAUCAUCCGAUGUUGAGUUAUAAAUGUCCAAACAACUCGCAUCCAAUUCCAGAAUAUGCGCACCGAAAACCUUCAAAUCACCGCCAAAACCUCGGAAAUCGACGCCCUGCUCAGUUUGACGGCAAAAACGCUGAAAAUCAGCGAAAAAUCGCCGACAACACCCGAGCACUUUCUGGAGUUUUGUCUCAAAAUGCGUAGCCAACACGAUCGCGGCUCCUCCUACACCGCAACUUUCGAUCCGCUCACCGAGAGGGGCUUCGAUCGCUUCUGGAGCGCGCUGCUCCGCGAAAACUUUCCCAUGACGACGUGGUCCCAGUAAGUUGAAGUUAGGCAAUGGAUCCGUGAGUUCGUAAUGGUUUCAGAUCGUUCUACGAGAGGUUUUUCUCGAAAUCUCCGUCUAGACGCAUCUAUUUUAAUGGAUUUUGCUCGGCAGACAUUGAGCAUUCGGAAAGCGACGAGACCCUUCAGGUGCACUAUAAAAGGACUCGACGCGAACCGAAAGUCUAUGAUUGUACCGUUGAGGUUGUGGAAAAAACGAACAAAAACGCGCAGGUUGGUCUUAGAGACAUUUUUUUUGAAAAAACCAUAAUUUCCAGCUCAAGACCCAGUGCUACUACACAUUCUGGAAGUACUUUGAUCGGUGCGCGGCGGUGCAAAAAAAGAUCACGCCAAAGUACCGGUCAGAGCUGCACGGAGCCUACUUCCUCAGCUACAUCAUCCUCGGACUCGUCCUCUUGAACCCGCUCGCCGUCGUCGGCAAAUACACAGCCCGAUUCCACGUCACCGUACCCCUCGCCGUCGCCCAAAGCGCUGCUAUUAUCCUCUUCGCGUAUGUGAACGUGCUCGUGCUGAGCAUGCUCCAACGACUCGUUCAGAAGUUUUGGCAUUGUUCUUAUGUCUUGA